ACAGCGUACAUUUUAUAAACAAUGAAUCUAUAGUGUAUGUUGAAUGUUUAUUCAACAUACACUUAUUUCUCUUAUUUGGAGAAAGUUCUGAUCAUUUCAACUCCAGCGACGAGAGCAAAAGCACAACCUUACACUGAAAUGCUACACAGGCCCUUUGUCGCUUCUCCACAGUCAGUGGCUGAGCUGUGCAGCUCACUUUAAGAACAUUAUCCCCCUUUUAAUCCACUUUGCCUUCUGCCACAUGCAGGUGGACAGACUGUCAGACGGCACAGGGUGGGACAACCAAACACCCGCUUCCAUUUUAAUGGCUCACUGUGUGUGUGUGUGUUUUUGAGAAGCCUUUUUUAUAGUUGAACAUCCUUCAUUUUCUUCAGAUGACCUUGUGUUUAGCUUUGCUUAAACAUGGAGGAACCCGACGUGAGACAGCUGAAGCUGGACAACCAGCGAACCCUCCUGAUGAAGAAGCAGCAGAAGAAGAGGGCCGACACCCAAAUGGUGACGGCCACUCGGGAGAGUCGCCCAAAGAAAACCAAGCACAAAGCCGUGUGCUCUGAUGAGACCCUGCUGUUAAUCAGCCAAUCCCUCAGCAGCACGUCUCUCAGCGAUCAAGUGGAGCACGCUCACGAUAACCCGCUGGAUGAAAUCACACUGGGCGAAUGCAACACAACGGCAAACAUGACACUGGAGGAGCUGCCCCCAGAGACGCCCUGCACUCCCAGAGCAAUGGACACAGACGUGGACAAAGAGUCCGAGGCGACGUGUGAACUAGAGGACGAUGCUCAGGCGGAGGGGAAAAAGACAAGGAAGAAAGACGUGAAAAAGGAAAAACCUAAACGAAACACAGAGAUGGAUCAGAACAAAGAAAGAGAAGAAGACGAGGAGAAAAGAGAGAAAAAAACCAAGACAAAGGACAAAGGGAAAGAAUCUGAAGGCGCAAAGAAGACAAACAAGGCAACCAAAAAAACAAAAAAGUCGCCUUUAGAGGAGGCUGUGAUUCACGAGACACUGUCAGUGAUGGAGGAGGAAAGUCCAAAGAAACAAAAACAUGACCACAGCGACGAUGACGAGGAGAACGACAAGCCCCAGAGGCCGGUCCUUCCCUCAUCUAAGAGGAAAAAACAACUGGACACAACCCGGUGCCAAAUAAGUGACGAGAGCAAAGAUGAAGAAGUCAGAGAAAAGGAGAGAAAGGGAAAAAAGACGAAUAAAGUAGACGAAACUACUCCAAGUCUAGUUUCACUGAACUCCAAUUACAGGGAGAAUUCAUCCUCGGACAGUGAAUCUAACAAAAGGUCAACCUCCCCAAUGUCAGUGGAGGAUCUAGAGAAGUUUGCUUUGCAUCCUGCUCCCAGAGAUGUGACCAUCCAGUGCAGGGUCACCAGAGACAGGAGAGGAAUGGAGAAGGGCAUUUACCCGACUUACUACCUCCACAUGGAGAAGGAGGAUGGCAAGAGGGUGUUUCUGAUGGCGGGCAGGAAGAGGAAGAAGUGCAAAACAUCCAACUACCUCAUCUCCACUGACCCAACAAACUUGUCCAGAGACACAAACUGCUACAUCGGAAAACUACGGUCCAAUAUUCUGGGAACAAAGUUCACCGUCUACGACGGAGGAGAAAACCCAGAGAAGAAGCCCUUUAUCAAAGAGUGUGAAUCGGUGCGGCAAGAGCUGGCAGCAAUUUGCUACGAGACAAAUGUGCUGGGCUUCAAGGGUCCACGGAAAAUGACAGUGAUCAUCCCCGGCAUGCUGGAGAAUGACGAUAGAGUGUCCAUUCAACCAAAUAAUGACCUGGAAACUCUUCUGAGUCGCCAAGCAAACGGCAACACGGACAAACUGGUGACGCUGGUAAACAAAUCCCCGAGCUGGAAUGAACAGACUCAGUCUUAUGUGCUCAACUUCCACGGGCGUGUUACUCAGGCCUCUGUCAAAAACUUCCAGAUCAUCCACCCUGACAAUGAUGAUUACAUAGUGAUGCAGUUUGGUCGCGUGGCAGAGGACGUCUUCUCGAUGGAUUACAGUUUCCCCAUGUGUGCCCUGCAAGCCUUUGCCAUAACUCUGUCGUCCUUUGAUGGCAAACUGGCCUGUGAGUGACUCCUGCUGGUGUGCCACAAGUGCUUAAAGAUGCCAGAUCUGUGGCAGUUUGCAUACUUGUUUUAUUGUUUUAUAUAGUGGUAGUAAUGCAAGUUAGGCCACAGUAAUGUUUUUUGUGAGGUGUGUAAAGGAAUCGUGCAAUACUUAAUGAGACAGCUGUGUAAGGUUUUUCACAAACUUUCUAUACGGAGACCCAGUUUUUAAAGACAACAAACUAUCGUAACCUAAAUCACGAUAUAACUAAUUUAUGGUCAAAUCCGUGGUCGUAACACCUAACAUCAUUUUUAGUUGGUACACACAUAAUUUCCAAGAGAUGUUUGGUAAAUGAGUUAUUUGAAACAUAUACACAUAAUUCUUCACCAAAUGGCAAAUUUGUUUGGGGAACCAAAACAAAUCUCUGACGACCCAAUCUGUGGGAAUCACAGGUAUAACUUUGACUUUUAUUUGCCAUGUUUCAGCAUUAUUUGUUACUACUGUUAUUUCUGUUUGACUUUCUAUAAUAAUAAACCUGUUUUGUCCA